CAGAUCAAAGCUAACUACUUAGUCCUCAGUCGCUGCACUGUUGGCUUCCGCGACCUGUUGAAUGCAUUUCUCAAUAACUUCUGGUGUCAACUUAUUAAGUAUGAUGAUUUAGUGUCGUCAAUUUAACUGAAAGCAACCGUUAAAGCAAACAUUUUCGCAUGAUAAGGUUAAAUCUGCACAAAAUGAAUAAUACAUUGUUCGAUAACAAUCUGCUUUGCGCACAGUAAUUCCGACACAGUGUCCUAAUUUGAACAUUUAAACACUCGCACUAAAAAUAAUAUUCCGUAAUUUAACGUCUGGCAUCAAAGUGUUGUCCAGCCCUCGCGUGACAAACUUUAUUCAACUUUCUAAAAGGAGACGAUAAACCUCUUAGGCAUGUAUUCUCAGGGAAGCACCGAUGCAAACAACACAAGAAUGGUAGACUAUCUGUAGAUCAGCAACUUCUACUAGCGUUAAGUAGUGUUACAAUUACAUCGGUCUCUCUAAUGCCCUUGCCUGAUCCUAUGAGCUUGCACGCACUGAAGACGGUUACCAUGAGCAGCUCCAGAGAGACAGCCAGUCCCUGUGUUCAGACCAGCGAAUGGACACAGAACUGGUGGACAAACUGGUCCUCCAGCUCAACAGAAUCUACCCCCAGAUAUUGAGUGACAAAGAGGCCCAGAGAUUCCGUAACUUGAGGGUCCCCACCACAGUCCGGUUGGCUGAGCUGCUGGUGCACCUGCAGGGGAAGGGCGAGGAGGCGUGUCAUGAGUUCUACAGAGGGCUUCACAUCCACGCUGAGGACAUCUACUUCAGCCUACCCACCAGAGUCAGGCGCAGAGAGACGGCAGACCCAAUCUGGACUAACACAGGGGCCGGGCGCAGAGAGAGAUAUGUACUUAAUGACAGGGGACCGUUGUUCUUCUUAAGUUGUUUCAGUCUGGCAGUGGGCCUGGCCAUGCUCUACUAUUGUGGGGCAGAGGUGAAGGCAAUGAAGGGUCCAGGUUCAUUGCUGCAGUACUCAGCUCUCAGACUGAGCAGGGGAGCCAGUGAUGUUCUGAUAUCGUACGCCGAUGAUGGAGCCAGAAAAAUAUAAGCCAAUUUAAGAAACAAGCUUAAAAGAAAACUAUGGAGAACAUGUCCCUUUGCAAAACAUAUCACUUUGCUAUGCCAAACUCUUACUAGUAGAGGAAGUUCUAAGGUGCUACUUUAUGAAGGUUGUACAUACUUGUAAAUAUAAUUUUACUUAUUUGGUCAAUGGUAAAGAUUCAAAUUGAACCUUGAUUUAUUGGACAUAAUUGUUUUAACAGUGUCUCUAUGCUCUUUAUAAAAGUUUAACGUGGGCCUAAUUUGAACACUACUGAUAAAAGAGCAUUAGGGACCACAUUUCAGGUCAGUAUCACUAUUUAAUCUAAUUCAUUGAAUCUUAGGUAACUUGAAAAGGCUAAACAUUUACUUGUAUGCCUGGUAAUUGAACUUUUUCACCACAUCAAAACAAGCAGCUGUGUAACUUUGGAUGCCUCAAAUGAAUGUUUCAACACCCUCAAGUAUGAACGACAGCACUACUGCCUGUUUCUGUACGUUGAACACAGUUAUAGAAUGUUGUACACACAGAGUAAUUGUCCUUACCUUCUCGCUUACUUACAACGUUCAGUGCCUUCUGAUGGUGUGGGGAUAGCUUUGUGAUGAGAGUCCUGAUGACAGCUCUGAUCUCAAAUCCACUGUUCUCAGAAAACCAUGGAUGAUCAAUAAAUGAUUUGAAUUGGUCUCCAAUUUA